CAGGAAAAGGAGGAGCAGGUUCUGCGCGUGCCGCCUUCUCUUGGCAGCGUUGCGAGUAGUAUGGAGAACGCGUUCAAACAUGCAGGUCGAAAGCUCCUCGUACUUGGUUUCAGCGGCACUCUAAUGCCGCGCAACCAGUAUUUCCACCCAGGUAUAUUGAGUACGUGUCGCGUCCCCGACAGCACCAGGAAUAAUUUGCGGAUGUUGAGCGACGAUCCGAGCGUGGACAUCGUGAUUAUGAGCAGCGUUUCGCAGGAAGCUUUGGAUCAUGCUCUGGGAGAGGUGCCGAACCUGUGGUUAGUCGCGGAGUCGGGUGUUACAUGGCGUUCCGCGGCGCGCGGGGCGGAGUGUGCUCCUGUUACUUCAAGCGGCGGAGGCGGGGCGGCGGGUGAACUGGCGUCGGCCUCGGCUACCGACGAAAAACCGGCUUCAGCGGCAGGCGUUCCUUCGACCCCACGUUCAGCAUUGUCAAUCACAGCAGGAGGUUUGGUUGUAUCAGGAGAGCAACAGCAAGCAGCCGCUGUUCGAAGCGAAGAAGCAAUAGAACAUAGAAAUUCGAACUCGAAGAUUAACGGCCCUGCUUCUGCGAAUUCCUCGUCAACAGGAGAACUUCUUGCUGCCGCAGCUGUUGGGUCAGCAACCCCAGUUGGUGCGACAAGCAGCACUAGUGUAGAAGAUGAUCAACAGAGUACAACAACUGUUAGUACUAGUAAACAGAUGACAGCAGGAUCAGCAUCUUCAGGGUCAGCCGGAGGUGGUGUUGGGGUUGCAAAUCCUCAAACGAUGGUGAAUCCAUGGCAUUCCUUGAUCGAUGAGAUCAAUACAGAAUGGCUGCAACCCGUGGAGGAAAUCAUUGAGUACUUUGCGGACCGCACACCCGGAAGUUUUAUUCACAAGACCAGCACAACGAUUUCGUGGUCGCUUGCUCCUGGCAGUGCGCUGGACAAGAACGGAGUGAACCAUGGAACAAUCCAGAGCAAAGACCUCUUGAUUCAUCUUUGGGCCGGCCCGUUGCUCUCGACGCCGGCAGAAGUGUUGGUCGGUGCCAAUUCGGUUGAAGUGCGGUGCGCAGAGGUCUCUCGAGGCACGACGUAUCAGAGGCUCUACUCAGAGAGCAUCUUUCCGAGUGGAACGAGUCUUACUUUUACUCCUCCUGGAGGCAGUGGGACGACAAUUUCUGCGUCUAAAAAUCUUCUUGCUGUUGCGGCUGAAGCUACGACAUCAGUGCGGAGUCCGGUCGCAGAUGGGGGACCAGCAGCAAAGACAUCGACUAGGAACAAAGCAACGAGCGCGGCAGCAGUAGUAGCUAGCGAUGAUAAAGCGCCUGCAACUGCAUUGGAGCAUUCAACUUUUUCAACGCCUCGUCCAGCGGCCGCCCUAUCACCAUUUUGGGGGGUCAAUUUGUCUACGGCAGCAGCCGUCGGCGCGAACGCCAGUCCUAGCUCUGAAACAACUCAAGGAAACGCUAAUGCAGCACAGGAGCUUGCACCCUCCAACACCUCGCCGAAGGAUAGUCAUGCCGCUCGUGGUGAUACAUCUGCAUCUUCGAGUCUAAUGCAGCUUGGUCUGACGAGUGCGGCACAUGAUUUCGUGCUCGUUGCUGGAGAUUUUCUGAACCGCGAUGAAGAUCUUUUUCAGAUCGUCCGAGAGUGCGGUGGGCCGCAGGAAAUUCCUCAUUUUUAUGCCUGCACUGUGGGGGAGAAACCCUCUAGAGCUAUGUAUCACAUGGCAGGUUCGGAUGACGUUGCCUUUUUGCUAGCGAAGUUCGCGUAUCACACUUCACGGGCGAUGGCUAACGUGGUCACAGAAAGCGGAAACUAA